UCGAACUUCACACAAGCUUUUGUUUGAGUGUUUAAGGCAAACUGUCAAAUUGCUUUGGGAUCAAUUUCACGUAAUUAUAUAUAGAUGGGAGAUGAAAACGAGGACAAACAUGAGACUUCUGAGAAAGGACUCUUUUCAUCGUUCGGUUCUGGAUUUGGUUCCGGACAUGGAGGACAGUAUGUUAAACCAUGCCCUCCACAAGGAUAUGGAUACCCCCCACAGCCACAACAAACACAGUAUUCAUCAUAUUCAUACUCCUCUUCAGGCGGGAACUCUCCAACUGGAUAUCCUUACUCUGGAGGGUAUCAACAGGCCUCCUACGCUGGUGGAUAUCCGCCAGCCGGUGGUUAUUCAUCAGGUUUAACAACUUCAUAUCAUUCUGAAGCGCAUGAAACAUCUAGCAUGGGAAUGGGAGGGAUGUUAGCUGGUGGAGGUGGUGCUGGUGGAUCUGCUGCGUAUGGGGCUAAUCAUCUUAUGCAUGGGGUUGGGGGCCAUGGCUAUGGAGGUUCCCACGGCAUGUUAGCUGGUGGUGGUGGUGCUGCUACUGGGGCUAAUCAUCUUAUGCAUGGGGGUGGGGCUCAUGGUUAUGGAGGUUCCCACGGCUAUGGAUGUCCCCACGGCUAUGGAGGUUCCCACGGCUAUGGGGGUUCCCACGGUUAUGGAGGUUCCCAUGGCUAUGGUUAUGGCAGGUCCAUUGACAGGUCCGUUUAGUCGAUCUAGGAAACUAUCUUGGUCGGUUCAUCAAGAUUGAAGUCUAUAUAUAAUCUACGCCCUCUAUAAUAAGAAAAUGCUAGAGAGACUACAUUUAGAAUUCACGUUUGACUACUUUUCUUAUAAAUAUGAAGUAUAUCUCUAAUAGAAAAGUGGUAUAAUAUAGUAAUCUAAAAUGUAAUCUCCUCACUUGUUAGCAUUACUUUUUAAUAAUUACUUUAGUCA